GUCCCGACCCCUCCCUCAUCGCUCCAGCAUGGCCGACGAAUCAGAUAGUACACAUGGAGGUCCGAACAGCACGAAAAGAGACGGUCCCAAAGGCGGAGAAGAUGAUUUCGUGCCUUCAAAGCUUGGAACAAAGCAGUACUGGGAUGAAGCAUACCAAACGGAAUUGGAGACAUUCAGAGACAUUGGAGAUGUAGGUGAGAUAUGGUUUGGUGAACAGAGCAUGGGUCGUGUGAUUCGGUGGAUGGAGAAAGCAGAGAUCCCCAAAAACGCUUCUAUUCUGGAUAUUGGGACUGGAAAUGGAGUCCUUCUAGUUGAACUGGCUAAAGAAGGAUAUACAAACCUUACAGGAAUAGAUUAUUCAGCAGCAUCAGUGGCCUUGGCAAAGGAUGUACUUCAGGCUGAAGAUUUAAACAAUAUAUCUGUGAAGGAGGUGGACUUCUUGAGUGGUUCCGGGGAAUUGAAGGACUUUGACGUGUGUGUCGACAAAGGAACAUUUGAUGCAAUAAGCCUGAACCCAGAGAACACCAAUGAGGUCAGGAUACGCUAUGUCCAAGCUCUAGGUGAUGCGCUGAAGGAGGGGGGAUAUUUUGUCAUUACCUCCUGUAACUGGACAAAGGAACAACUGCUACAUAGGUUCUGUUCAGGGUUUGAAUUUGUUCAACAGUUGCCCACACCCAGCAUUCAGUUUGGAGGCAAGACCGGUAACAAUGUAACUGCACUUAUUUUCAAGCGACUGCAUUGACUCACACCAUUCACUGCCCCAUUCAGUUCUUAGUUUCAAUGAUUGUCUUUUUAGAAAAAAAAGUGCUUUUAAUAAAUGAAAUGCAUUAUUUUUGUAACAUGCGUCCUACUUGAAUUUGUUUUCUGUUCAUAGUUUUUGUUCAGCACACUUAAGAGGACCAUUGUAUUACACAGUAGAGGGUGCCAUUUCUCAAACCUGGAAUGGAGACACUUUUUUAAUCAGAAUUGAUAGUGUACUGUUCAAAACAUUUGCUCAUCUUUUACAUAUAUAUAAAUUGAUAAACUCCUGCCUUGGAUAUGCGUAUUUGGGUGUAUACCUAUUUGAGAAUGGACAUAGAUGUUUCUUAAAGAGGUUACUUACUGAGAUGUACGGAUAAAGUCUAAAUGAGGUUAGCUAUUGCAUGAUGUGUAUUAAGCAAUAUAUUAUUAUGCAAUAUGAAACACAGAAAAUAUUACCUGUAGGUUGGACCCCAUUAAAAAUACUUAUGCCUAUGUCAUAUAUUAGGAUAAACCAAGGUUUUAGUUCAUGUGAGAGAUAAACACCUUUCUAUUCUCAAUUAAUCUAUGGUUUUUCACAUCUGUCCUUGGAAUCUUUUGUCGCUCAGUAAAGAGAAGGCUCUUCAUAUAAACUGUGCUGUACAAACACAUGCAAAGUCAACCUGGCAAGGCACUGGAUGUCCUUCCUGAAUGUGAGAUGGCAAAAACAAUUGGGCAACAACUUCCUCAAAAUAAAAGUUAUUGCUCAAAUUGAAGUGAAAGUAUCUCCUCCUGGUUAAGAUCAAGUUUGCUUGAUUCAUUUAAAAUGGUAACUUUGGUCUUUUCCCUGAGGUCAUUGUAAUUAUGCAGCCAUAUUUCAUUUGACAUGACCUGCCUUUUACAUUAGCUGUUCUGAUCAAAUUA